CCGAAUGCGAAUGACCUGAGGAGUUUUAUUGAGGCGUUUGUGUUGAGACAACAGCAGGAAUCAGACAAUCCCAAUUCAUACUUCCAUGAAAACAACUUAACAUACACCACAGUCAACCUGUUUGCUGCAGGGAUGGAGACCACCUCGACCACAAUUCGUUGGGGAAUGCUCCUGAUGAUGAAAUAUCCAGAGAUUCAGAGAAAAGUUCACGAGGAAAUUAUCAGUGUUGUUGGAUCAGAACGAUCUCCCAGAGCUGAAGAUCGGAAAAAUUUGGCAUACACUGAUGCAGUGAUCCACGAAAUCCAGAGGUUUGGUGACAUUUUGCCAUUAAACGUCACACAUGAAACCACAGUGGAUUUAAACUUCAAAGGAUUCUUCAUUCCAAAGGGAACCCACGUGAUUCCAUUGCUGUCCUCUGUGCUGUACGAUAAAACCCAAUGGGAAAAACCAAAUGAGUUCAACCCGUCUCACUUUCUGGAUGCUGAAGGCAAGUUUGUGAAGAGAGAUGCCUUCAUGCCUUUCUCUGCAGGUCGGAGGGCCUGUGUUGGUGAGACCCUGGCUAAGAUGGAACUGUUCCUGUUCUUUACUGCUCUGAUACAAAAGUUUAAGUUUCAAGUUCCACCGAAUGUCAUUGAAUUGGGGCUCGAGUCUGGUGUGGGAUUGACUUCAUCCCCCAAGUACCCCUAUGUGUGUGCUGUCCGUCGCUGAUGUAAACAUGAUUUCAUGAUUUACCCAAUUUUCCGUUUCCUCCUGAAUCACUU